AUGCGUCUUCAACUGUUGACUCUGAGCUGGGCAUUGGUAAUGUUCGCUGUCCAGGGCCGGUCCAUGUACGGUGAGACUAAUGAGAGUGACAGCCCCCUCGCCGCGCGGCAGGACCCCGACUACGGCUGGGUGCUCGUGGGGUACGGCGAGCCCGACUGCAAGGGCGCCGUGGUGGCCAACUGGCGGGGGUCCAGCUACGUGCCGCAGUGCAUCGCCAUCAACGCCACGCAGUCGGUGGCAGGCGGGUCCGGCGCCGGCACCAACGUGAACCUGUGGGAGGACGACCGCUGCACCGCCCCGGCCUCGUCCUUCAAGGCCAGCGGCGAGGACCCCAGCGGCUAUCCCUGCUACAACACCGUCGUGCGCUCGUUUACUGUCGACAAGUGA